AUGGGUAACUUUGAGCGUUUCCAUUAUUUCCUCUCACAGAGUGACUAUUCUGCGUUGUCCCUUGCUAGUUUCGAAAGAGAUUAUAAAAAAACCUCAAUUAUGAAAAUAAGAGGCUCAUUUAUCGGCGGUUUCACAAGUUUUCAUUAAAAUUGCUCGAAUAGUUUCUUGAACUUUUUUCAUCAUCUGCUCGAUUGAAGUUUGCUUUUUCAGCGUUGCCAAAGGCUUGCCUGAAAAGGCAACUUUUCUAUCUUUUCGUGCUAAUAUGGGCAACGGUGACGGUUCGUUCUGAAGGUAAACUAUUUUUCUUCAUCGAAUUUAUUCAAAUAAGUUGCAAAAAAAAACUUUAUAUUUUUGCUGCGAACUUCGCUUUGAUACUUGUUUUUUUGCAAGUUUUCAUAGCGUCUCGGGAGAAAAUUAUAAAAUUGAUCCAUAUGAUUUAAUAAAAUCGUAAAAGGCAAAGGAUAGAAUCUUCGACAAUAACCUUGAUAUAUGCAUGUUGAGUCAUUCUCUUGAUUUCUUUGAAUCGUUCAUUUAAUUGCAUGAUUCCAGACACAGGGUGCUGCAAGAGAAACAUGUAUGCUUACCAUUCGGGAGACGCUAUGCCGGAGGAAUGCGAGUCGUCGAGUGUUUCGUGCACCGAAGGCGCGGUCUUCGUCGAACACGCCAAUGUUAAGUCCCAAAUGGUCACGGGAUUUUUGUCGAGAGCUAGGAAGACCGGCGCUAUCACCCUGAUCAACAUUAAACACUUGCUCUUCUCCAUUGCCAACCUCGAGGAGAUUGUCCAUCACGGCCCGGGUUCGAACUUUUUCUUAAAAAAAGGAAAAAAAUGAAUUUUUUUAAGAAUAUUGACAGAACUCGAAGAUUAAAAAAAGAUGAGAUUUAGACUUGACUUUCAAAAAAACUUGAAAUAUGCAUAUUCGCAUUUUCUUUGAAAUUAAAAAUAAAAAGAAUUAUUUUUAGAAUUUUUUUAAUAAAUAGGACCGCCAGAGUGGUCACUAGAGUUGCAACCCGAACUCGCGCUGGUUCAGGGCAGGCUUGUGCGUCAGGCCGGGCGGCCCGGCCCGGCCUGGCCCGUGCUUUGGGCUUCAUUUUUCAAUAAAAAAAGCCCGCGUGGGCUCGGGCCGGGCCGGGCUUCAAAAAAAAUUUUAACCGAAAUGUGACUUUUACUUCUGAAAUCAUAGUUUUUUUGUUAAACUUUGAGAGAAAAAAAUGAGCAAAAAAACGGUAUUAUUGUCUUAAAAAAACUUGAUAUCCGACUAGAAAAAAAUUGCGCGAUUCGGGCCGGGCGGGCCAUUUUUUCUUAAGGCCCGCUAAGGCCGGGCUGGGCCGGGCUUACGAAAUGGUCGGGGGGCCGGGAGGGUGACGGGCCGGCCCUCGCACAAGCCUGGUUCAGGGACAACCAUACCUAUAGUCUGUUCAGAUUUUGAAUCUCAACCAACUAACUCCGCCCCUGCUGAGACGGUACCUUUUCGCGUCGAUGUUUCAUCGCGCGGGACUAAUUUUGAUCUUUUUCGAUCUAAAAGAUAGAAAAAGAGGUCAAAAAAGCAGCCUUAUUAAAGGGCCAUUGGCAUAUGUAGAUAAAACAUUGACGCGAGAGAUAUUGUAGCCUUGGGGGUGGAGUUAGCUGCUUGAAAUUCAAAAUCUGAACAGACUAUAUGCGUCUUUUUUUUUUUAAAUGAAUAACUACUAUAGCGAUUACUCAGCGAUCACGAGCUUUAAAAGCUUUGGAGUGAGACCUCCAACUCGUACAGGCCAACUUGUUUUCAACCCCUUUAGGGGGCACAAUUUUGUUCAAUUCAGGAUUCCAUUUUUUUAAACCCUACAGUGAUUGCUCGGGCGGUUGAUAGCAUAGUCAGCUUAGAUUUCGUGAUUUUUUUAAAACUUUUUUUAAAAAUAACAAAAAUAUUUUUAAUUUAAAUCCGUUCAAAAAUAAUCAAUACGUUAUAAUUUCAAAAACUUCAAAAAAAUAUAUAUAUAUAUGAUUGCUGAUAGAUUAGGAUGAGUUUUGCAGGCCCCGCCCUUCAUUUGAACAAUUCUGGUCUUGUCGCAAGCUCAUCUUUCAUUAAUUUAAAAAAAUAACAGUGGACCCUUUGCGUUACUGCAAAGAUCGCAAUCUGAUUAUUUUGGAGGGAAAUAUGGACAAGGAUUUGAGGAUCAAAUUGGAAGCGUUAUCUAAGAAGGUUAGUGCCGUUUUUCAUUGAAAUUUUUUUUGAAAUGAGGAAAACUCGAAGAAAAUGCUGUUUUUCAAGGGGAUUUGUAUGCUGAAGAGAGGCCUUCUUUUGAAAAAUUUUAUCUUUAAUUUCUUAUGAGGAGCUUUUAUUUCUUACAGCCUUUUUGAUGUCGUUUGAAAUUUGCCUGGGUUAGAAUGAGCUUUUGAAUAAAUAGUUAGUAUAGUCGUGUGCCACGACUUGAAAUUUCACGGAACGACAUUCCGCUCUUCCGCUGCGUGCGUUCGCGAAGCGUCUUUCGAAUCUAGAUCACGCUUCCAAAUGAUUGGUAUUGUUGUGAGAGCACAUGAAAGUAGAGUACCUUGCUAAAAGAAAAAUUAAAAGUGCGACCAAGGUUCGCAAAGACGCGCAGCGGCACAGCGGAAUGUCGUUUGGUGAAUUUCCGAGUCGUGGUACACAGGCUGUACAACACUUCCAGACUUGAUAAACGAGAUGGGUAGAUUGGCAAGGGUGAAGCGUUGCGUGUGCGACGCGGCUUCCUGGCGGGAAACCUGAAAUUAAACAAGAGCCACAAUUUUUCCCCCUUUUUGACAGUUUUUCUAGAAAGUAAUGAAUAAGAAUAUGUAAAUAAUUAGAAGCCUAUUCUUUUCUACAUUUUUUCCAUGAGAUCUCGAGUUUCCUGCCAGAAAGAGCCGCGUCGCACACGCAACGCGUCAAUGCCUUUCAAGUCAAGAAAAGCUGACUAUAUUUUGGUGUUUUUUCUACGCAGACGCUCGCCGUCUGUGACACGUUGACAACGGCAGCCCCAACAGCAGCCCCAACAAACACGACGACCGCCCGAGCAGGUCCGAAUACGAUGAAAGUGCCCGCGGGAGUCCCGCAGAAUUGCCCACCAAGUGUUGCCGCCGCAGCCUCUGCCACAGCCCAAGAUGAGAACAAAGACAACGAAUGCCCCAACUACAGUAGUUCCAGUGCCUUUCGAGAAUCCGAACCAAUGAUUGCAGCGCAUUUCCUCAUCGGAGGCGUGACUAUUGUGGCCGCGCUCCUGAUCAUCGUGCUUGUCGAGACGGUGAUGAUCAUAAAGAUGUACUUUUUCCGUCAACAUCAGGACACCAAGAUCGCCGGCCUGGGUACGGCUUAGGGAUUCGGAAAUCCUGAGUUUUCUCUUCUAAAAUCAUAUGACAGCUCAGUCUUUUGAAAACCGCUCAAAAAUAGCCGCAAAAGGCGCUUGAAAAUGUGCUCCCAUGGCUAACUGAAACAAAGUCGUUUUGAGUCAGGUGCAUCUUAAAGAAACUCUUAAUAGUCAUUUCAAAUGGGGCCAGAGACUCCCACAUGAAAAAAUGAUAGAAAAAGCAUAGUGUAGCUCCACUUUUCGGUCUUUUUCAGCCUCCUAUGCUGCUCAGAUGAUCAAUUCGAUUAUGUACGUUCAAACUGGCAUCGAUAAAGCAAUGCGUUAGUUUCCUAAAAAGGUUUCCCGAUCAAAAAAUGAAGUUUCAGUCCACUCGAUCAUGAUGGACGCGAAUUAUCUUCAGCGCGCGAUCGUCAGUGAGUUCAGAAAGGGAUUUUUGGAUGGAUAGACUUUGACUAAUAAGUUUACUGAAAAUUGACUUCAAAACUAGUUUAGAACAAAAAUCUGCUUAUUCAGGUACCUAAUUAGGUAAAAUUUCUAGAAACCACCUUAAUUUUACUCCUAUAGGGACCACUCUGAAACUUCAAAAAAUAUCUAAAGAUGAUCGAAAUAUAGAAAAUCACAUGUAGAAACCGUUGAGAUACCAAAACAUAGCAGAAAAACCCAAAAAGUCAUGAGAAAUGAUAUUGUCUUCCAGAACGGAACGUGGAAGACUUCCACGAGGUGUGCAGGAUACGCAUGGAGAAAUUUGAGAAAAGCCUAAGUCUGGACCCGAAAAAAGACUUUUUCGACGUCGAAAGCACGCUCUUGAAACGAGACGCCGUGUUUGACAUUUGCAAUCAAGUCCGUGGAGUUACGCCCGAUUAUGCGGAGGCCAAGAAGAAGUUCGAGGCGGUCAAGAAGGAGCAUGAGGCUGGACGGGAGUUCAUUCCGCCUACGGGAACUGGUAUGUGAAUCACGGCGUUUUUCGACGACGCAUUGCGUAAAGUGUCGUGUGUCGUGUGCAUGCACUGCGGCGCUCUCGUGCAGAAUAAUUGCGUUUAUGUAGGAAAAGUUCGAUUCGUCUUAAAGAUUUAUUGCAACGCGACCGUUGUGCCUUUAAUAUCCCCAUGUUAUUUAAGCUUUUAGAGCCGGCCUUUAUCAUGACGUCACAUGGGAACGGCGAAGGUUUUGGCUCCGCCCACCCUGUUUUUGGUUUCGCAUUUUAUUCCACUAACAAAAACCCUGCGUGUAUAGUCUGAUCGAAUUAGGACUUUUAAGUAGAACGACGUCAUUCAAAAACACUCUGUAAGUACUACGAUCUCUGACUGGUUUAUCGCGUCAUUAGGGGCGGAGCUUGAGCAUUGACUUGACAUUAUCUAUAUGAUCAGACUAUAUAGAUCGCAAAUCUCUGCCCGCUUUUCAAGUUUAAAACGAGAAUCAGAAAUUCCCGUAUGCUCCUAGGUACUUGGUAGUACCACCAAGUUGGUACAUACUUUGAGAAUGGGAAUUCUCUGAAAAUUGGCUAGUUUUUCCUGUUUUUUAAGAAAACCGUAAAGAAACCUCUCAAAAAUCGGCUAUUUUUCGGCUUUAAGCUCUUUUUUCUGAAAAAACUAGGAGGUCGAAACUUUCCGAAUCUUCAUCUGCUACAUCAAGAGUGUUCUGGUCAGAUUUCCAGAAAUUCAAUUUUUGUUGAAAAUUCAGGGUCAUUACUUUGCUUUGAAGUCCCCAUUAAGUUGCAAUUCCCAGGCAUGUGGUCGGAGUUGCGACAGAAGAACGCGGAGCUAAUCAACGUGGCCAAGCUGCCCGAAGUCCCACUCCCGGACAAGCCGGAAUCGAGGAAGAAAGCCGCCGGCGACCCCCAAACGCCCGACAGAACCCGCACCGACGCCCAAACUCCCAUUAAAGAAUCUGCAUCGGCCGGAACCCCCGCUGCCACUCCCGUGGUACGAAUUAGUGGACUCAGUGGGAUCUCAUGUCGCUUGGGAACUUUCCUUUCUUAAAAAUAGAGAGAAAAGACUAGGGAAAAUUUAAAAUCAAUAGAAAAGUCAAGUUAAAUGGUACCAUUCGAUUUGUCUCGAGAUUGUCAGUCUCGUGGUUCGUCUUAGAAUUCUAGAGCGUCAUUUUAAGCUGAGUAGGACCUCUUGGAAGUACAACGAUUUUUUUCCUUCUGAAAUUUAUAACUAAACCCUAGAGUUCCGUUAAAAAUUGAAGAAUGAAACGAUCAGCCGUUUUUAAAUGAAUUUUUUCAUUUUUAGAUUUUUUUUUUAUCUUCCAGUUUGUAGAGGAACACUCGAAAUUCUUAUUUAUGGAAAAAGUGUUGAAAACUUUCAAAAUUAAUCAAUAAGUCCUUUUAAAAAUCAUUAUUCUUUUAGGUAACUUUUCCCCGAUUCUUGAGGUUUCAUCAUUUUCUUGUUUGUAUACGGUCAUAUGGAACUUGGAAGUCGCCGAUUUUUAGGAACAUGCUGCCAAGCAGCCGGACGAGAAAAACAAGCCAAAGUUCGUUUUCCCCUCGAAAAAAAUACAGAGAAAGGCCUGCAAGCCGUUGAGUUUGAACAAGACGGUCACUGGCUACGGGGAUCAGUUCAAGAGCGAAUCAAAGGCCUUGAGUGAGUUGCAAGAUGGGAAAAAUCCAGGAUUUGUUCUGGAAAUUUGUCUAUAAGUCGAUUAAAAAAAGAAAAAGACUUUUUUUUUGUCCCUUUGAAGUUGUCAAAGUACGGAUAAUAUAGACUUCUGUUAGUGGAGUUUUUCAAAAAACCAUCAAAAAAAUAGUAAAUUUCUUUUUUGGGCUUGAAUUUGAACACUUCCAAGUAAAUUUCUGGCAACUGGGGCUAUCACGCCAUUAGGGGCGGAGCUUGAGACUUGAAAUUCAAAAUCUAAAACCCGGAAGAAUUUCAGAGGAAUCCUUCACGGUAAUGACCAUGAUUUGUUGCCAGAUGCAGUUCUUCUACGAAUUGCACAAAGAUGGUGAGUAGGACACUCUUAGGAACGCCAGAGUGGUCCCGGGAGGGGCGGGUUUGUGACCAUUUGAAGGUACCCUUUAGAGAACACUUUGAAUCCCCCUAAAGGCAACACUAAAGCUCUUGAGAAGCAUGCUAGUCGUUUAUUGUUGUGAACUCGAUGAAACAAUAUCAAGAGGCACAAGCUUACCCUUCAGGGGUCACACUCUAAACCCCCAUAGAGACCACUAUAUUGUCCCCUGUAGGGGCUGUUUCAUACCCUAACCCCUCUAGUGACCACCCUGCCGUUCCUGAGCUGUCUCCAGCAAAAAACGCUUCUUUUUAGUCAUGGCCCUGGUGAAUGCCAAUUAUGAAAACAUGGAGGCCCAGACGAUCGCCCUGACGAGACGCCUGGCUUUCAAGGACCAAGUCCAGAAGAACAACGCUCAGUUCCCCGUGAAAGCCGCCAGGAUUCCGAGUCCCGGCUUUAUCCAGACCCCGGAGGAUGUCACUCGUGAUUUUUUGAUUUCUUGGAUGCUACUCGUACACGGCGUUUUUUGGCGACCGCCCGCCCAUAUUUUUUCGUAAAGUGUAGUGUGUCGUGUGCACACACUGCGGCGCUCUGGCACACUGAAAUUCAGUUAUAUUUUUCACUCUCUGGUGGCUAAUUUGAAUUUCGCGGAAUUACUUUCAAAACGGCAUGUGUUUUAAAACAAAAAAAAACAGAAAAAUCGCGUUAAAAAAAAAUGAGAAAUAAAUUCGUCUCGGGACCCAUUGAUGCGCCUUCAAUAUUUCCUGUUGUUCACGCGUUUUUCCCAUGACGUCACAUGGGAACGGCGGAGACUUUGACUACGCCCCCUUAACUUUUGGUUUUACAUUUUCUUCCACUAACAAAAACGCCGUGCUUAAAAUUGAAAUUGAUUUGAUAAAAAAUUUGUGAUAGUGCGCUCCAUUGAUAAUAUUAGUUUUCCCCUUAUCUUUUCAGCUGAAGAAUUUUUUUUAUUCAAAUUAGCGACUUUUUUCCAUUUUCCAAUAUUUUUUCUGAGUAGAAUUAUUGAUUUUUUACAGGUUACUUUGAAGAGCUGGCGAAACUCCGGAAACAGUGUGAUCCCAAGGACAAGGAGCUCCUCAAUUUGUUGGAGACGGAAAAUGCCGAACGAGCGAACCUCCUGCACGCCCAGGGCCUCAACUACGACUUCUACUACAAUAGUUUGCUUUUUUUUUCACACGAGGCGCCCCGGGUCGACCCAAAAAGCUGCAAAUGAGGAAAAAUGUGAGAAAGAAGGGUCGAGUCGCCAUGGGGAGUCCCGUCUAAUCAUCACCUUUACUUCCCAGCUUUUUAUGGAUUUAAAAGGAGCAUACACGAAUUUUAUGGAUAGGUUUUGAAGCGAAGAGGCCUUUUUUUUCGGUCUUCGGAAGAUUUUCUCCUUGAUUUUCUUUCAAAAGUUGUUUUUACGGACUUUGUUUUGUCUCAAAGACUAUUCGAUCUAAAGAGGACGCUUAAGAAGCUUUAAAACCCCUUAAAUGUAUACUUGGAGUUCAAAAAAUAUUUCGUGGAAGCAAAAUUUUUUUUCGCUAUAAUUGAUUCACACAGCUGGCUUGAGCCAUCGAAAAAAGGGUCUUGAAACGAAAAUAAAAGAGAUAGUGUUUGAUUGGUGGAGAGCGCAGACAGGCCAGGCCCUCAAGCGCAUUGGAUAGCUCUUAUUCAAAGUUGCGAGAUCCAACUGUCACUCAAAGGGUCGCUGGAUCGACUCCUGCCAAGAUUUUUGCCAUUUGAAUUGAAAAUCUGGGGAAGUUUUCAGUGUUAUUUUGAGGCUUUUGCGCCUUCAAGUCCUCAUUUAUUUCAAGAAAUUGUUCAAAAAAGCUUAAUUUUUGAAGAAAAGACGAUGUUUCAGAACAGAUCGAAGUACAGCAGGCCAUUCUGCCCGGCGAGCAGGUUGGCGACGCCGCCAAACGCAUUUUUGGUAUUGAAAAAGCUCAAAAUUGAAUCAAAACGCGCAUUUUUUCCAGCCAAAGAGGCUCGUUUGGAGAAGAUUUCCUCGCUGUCGGUCGCCAGCCACCGUCGCCGUCACCCCAAGAGAAAGUCGGCGAAAUCGUUCGUCCAGAAGAAGGCCGAACUGCCGCACACCCCGAGAACGUCGAAAAAAAAGAAGGCGCAAAAUGAAAAGAAAAGCAAGAAGGAAUAG